ACCGAAAAGCGAUCCGCUGGGCGAGAGACGAGACGAGACGACAGACACCGAGAGACAGGCACAACACAGCACAACACCCGCGUGCGUCCGAUCCGGUCCGGAGCGAAGAGGACACCACCAUGAACCCAGCGGAAGCCAUCUCCAGCCCCAAGCGGGACCCCGAGGGCGACGACCACCCGGCCGGGGGCAAUCCGUCCGCGGGAGCCUCCCAGGCCGCCACCCCCGGCCAGGGGGGCCUCCUCCCCUCCAGCAGCAGCCACGGGAUCACCCCCUCCAAGAUGGCCCAGAAACAGCAGCAGCAACAACAGAGCCUGCACAAUACGGCCCGGGCCCGCAGGAGGAGGGAGGAGGCCGUAAGAAGGCUGGUGGCCGACGUCCAGGCCCGGCCGGACCGCAAGCUGGCGGCGGGUGCCUCAGGGGCGAGUCCGGAGGGGACGAUCGAGCAGCAGGACUGGAUCAUCGCCAGCACGGUGGCCCAGGCCAUCGAGCGGGGGCUGGACCGGGACCUCCACCACGAGCUGGUCCAGGAGGCCAAGGAGAACUCGGGGCGCAUCGGGCAGGUCUGCCACGACCACUCGGACGUCUUUCUGGCCUCCGUGGGAAAGGUGGUGGCCCUGGGGGGGCCCUCGGGAGACCUGGCCCACAAGCUGGUCACCGCCCAGGAGGAGCUCGAGAACCGGACGGCGGGGCCCAUGCAGGAGACCGCCAUGCUCUGGGAGGAGGCCACGGCCUCGCACGCCAGGGCCAGGGCGCUGCAGAUCAUGGUGCAGGAGUGCCACAAGGUCUCCGUCUACCUGGACAAGGCCCGGAAACAGGCCGCCCUGGGCCGGCCCCGGGGGGCCCUCGAGGCGGUGGACGACGCCCGGACGGUGCUGACGGCCCCCGUCUCCUCCCUCUACUCGGGCGGUGGCUCCGGGAUCGAGCGGGCGGCCAACAUCGUCAAGGAGGCCGCCAAGAGAAAGGCCAAGAAGCAGGACGCUUCCGACGGGGAGGCCUCCCCGGGCAAGGCCGGCAGCCUGGUCAGCCUGGAGGACACGCCCUUUGGCAGGCGGGCCAGCCUCAUGCUGCCCAAGAUCGAGAACGAGGUCCUCAUGGGGGCCCGCCGGGGCCUCAACCGGUGGUUUCUCAGCCUCCGGAGCGGCGGGGACGGCGCCAAGGCGGGACGGGCGGUCCUGAGGCGGUCCGCCAACAGCAUGGCGAUCGGCCCCGGGAACCUGGGCCUCGGGGGGCACAUGCCCCCGGCCUACCUCUGGCGGGCCAAGGUCUGCGACAAUCUCAUCUCGCGGAUGAACCAGAACGGACGGGUGGUUCGGGCCGUCCGCCUGGGCUACUGGUUCGAGCGCGACGCCCCCAAGGCGGCCCAGCGGCUGGAAACCACCGCCCCUCCGGGCAUGGACCGCCGGGCCGAGGGUGAGUGAAAGAGGUUAAGCGAAACGAGGCGAGGCGAUGGGCUGUCCGGAAUGGUGGCCGUCGUCUUGCGCUGGAGUCGGCUGGUGGAUCGCCGUCUCACGCAUUGUCCMUUUGUUUUGCUCUGCUUUUGCACAACCACAUACCUGUACGAACCAACAAACGCAGCCUUUGCCUCCGCCUUUGGGUGGUACCGCUGCUGGGACGAAGACGUGAGCCUCUUGGUGGAUCCCAGCGACUUUUCCUCGGCACCGGACGACAUGGGCCGGGGUUUGUCGGGCAGCCGCCACGGCCUGGGCGGCAGCCGCCACGGCAAGAGAGGAUCCCUGGGAUUCCGGGCCAAGGCCAAGGGGGGGCUGGAAAGCAUCUCUUCGGGACUGACCAGCACCGGUGCGAGCGUCCGGAAGCUCAAGGGAAGCGACGAGAAAAGCAAGUGGGCCGCCCUGCUGACGCCCCCCAUUUUGUUCGACAACGUGCCCACGCGGUAAGCCGAGCUAGUGGAUGGAUCGGUGGUUUUUUUGUUGUUUGUUUGUUUGUUUUUUCGUGCUUUGUUUGCUCAUCGAAUUCUUUUUGGACACCCUGCGCUGGCACUUUUCUUGAUUUCCUUGUGUGUCUUUUCAUACAACGAGCAGCAAAGACGACGAUGCGAAGUUUAUGGGGCUGGCCGAAUCGGUGCACCCGGUGCGACGAGCCGAAAUCGCCUUCAAAUUGUUGGGCAAGGCAGAAGAAUUCGUGGCAUACUACGAACUGAAUCGAUUCGGAGAUGUCAAAAUCGGAAGCGGCAAGGACGACGAGAAGGAUGGAAAGAACGAGUCACGAAGCUCCCUCUCCUCCCUGACGGGAGACGACGUUAGCAUCGGAACCGACCGCAUCUUUUUCUCGAAAUCCCUCCCCCACUUGUGCGCCAGCGUGGUGGGAUUCAGUGCCGUGGAAGCCGCGCUGGAACUCGGCCAUUUCGUAGACGAGGACGACAUCGACAAGGGCGGGGCGGAUCCGAACGCGGCGGGGCUGGUUGCCGUGCAGACGCUCUUCCGCGACUCGUCCGAGAAGUACGAGCGGUCGCUGGUGACGGAGCUGGGAAACCUCCUGCGGAGGCGGGCCGUGGGUGCCAACCUGGCGGAGCUCGUCCGAGCCUCGUGCCUCAUGGCGGCCUUCCGGUCGGCCCUCAAGGUCGUUCACCCGAGUUCCACCACACGACGAUUCGACAAGGAGCUGCUCGCCAUGGACGUGGACAUUCUCAUGAUAGCGCUGAAGGUCGCACAGGACGAACAACUCAAGGCCACGACCGCCAUCGUCCAGGCCGACCGAAACCAACCCCUGGUGGUCCCCUACAAGUAUCCCACAAAGAAGGAAGGAAACUUCCCCGACCCAGAAGAAGUGGGACUUCCGUUCGGGCUGGCGGAGCUGAAGCAGCAACGGAAGAGAACCAGCAUGGACCUGACCGGUUCCACCACAAGCUUUGGCAACGACAAGGAAUCGGAAGAGUGCCUCACCUUUUCUCAAUCGGUCCCGCUCGUGGUUCGCUCCAUCCAUGCUCGGGCAAUCGCCUGUGCGUCCUUUGCUCUGAGCCAGGAAGAACUGGGGCAGAGUUUUUUGCAGAAGAAGGGCAGCGGCUCGGCGUGCUACGUCCUGGAUUGCGUCGAAGAGUGCGUCAACGUAGCGGCCGUUGGCAUGAAGGACGCGGACAACAGCUCGGACGAGGGAGACAUCGAAACGGCCGUCCAGGUCAUGGCGAACGUCGCGGCCUUGCAGCACAGCCUGCCGCGUCUGUUCGGGACGCUGAUGCGCGGAAUGUGCCACGUCGGCAUGAUCCGCUCCGACCAACUCGCCGAAACCUUCCAGUACGCCGAAGCGACACUGAAGGGGGCCGACAAGGCAUGCGACAACCAAGUGGGAACCAUGUACUCGAAGGUUUACGAAUGCGCCCGAGGAAAGAUCGACGCCCACCUGACCUACGCGCUAGAGGGCUUCAACUGGGUGCAAAAGACGUGCAGAGACAUGCCGAAUGCGUACUGCGAGGGCCUGAUCGGCUACAUCAGGAACGUUUUUGAUUCGCUCGGACCGAUGGACGAGGGAUCCAGAGCGGGCCUCCACUUCUCGUGCUGUGGACACGUGGCCGAGCGCCUCGUCAAGAUCUUGUCGGACCGUGCGCUGGAAGAUGGAAGCCGCUCGGACGGCGGCCUCCCCCCGAUUGCAAAGAUCGAUCCCUUUGGACUCUACAACAUGUCCAGCGACGUGGACGAGUUCAAAAAGUUUGCGACGAGCACCGGCGUUCCCCAGCUGGCGGACUGCUUCGACGAACUGAAAUCGAUCACCUCCGCGAUGCUGGACCCGGACCUCCCGAAUUUGCUGAGGCCGGAGAAUUCGGAUGCACGCAAGCGCAAGUAUCCGUACUUGAGCCUGGAAAAGGUCGGGUACGUAGGAUAGGCCUUGGUGGCAUUGCUUGGCGUUUUGUUUUCCGGAUUUGCGUCGUCUUACAUUGUUUUCUGAUCAAUUGUAUUGCAUUGUAUUUGAAUCUCGUGCACGCCGCAAUCUUUUGUAGAAACAUAUUGGAAAAGUACAGUUCCCCCGGCAUGACACUAAUGGGAGGAGGCAAAGUGCCCGCCGGCAUGCUGACGCUUGACAAGAAGGAGGUUGUUGCGUUGUUAAAUCUCGUCCGAAGCUACAAGUGAGAGCAAGAAACUAGCUAGGUAGAU